AUGUCUUUUGUUGACCUUCUCUUUCCCCAGAAAGAGCUGGAAGCUCUGGGAAACAAAUGGCAUGAGCCAGCUCCCAAGAGGAGGAGGCUGGAUUCGGGGAGUGUUCAGGUUGUCAAUGAGUCUUUUGGACGUCAGCAAAGACAACUCAGUGAGCCGAGCUUGGAACAACGGCGCCAUCGGUUGUCGACCCCGGCACCAAUUCAAUAUGGAAGGCCAUCCUCAUCGUUUGAGGAUAUCAAAAUCCGCGGCACCAAGAGGGCGAACUCGGAAUCUCAACCCCUUAGCCACGCACCAAACGUGAGUAAGCAGACAACAACGACCAAGUCCUGCUUUCCGAGCUUCAUUGAGCCGUCUAUCUUGAGGAACUACCUUCAUCAUCUCCAUCCCAAGGAUCGCCAUCGCUAUACCGUCUCCGAUGUGCCCAACCGAGAAUCGAGACCAAGGGACACGACAUCUCAGAUGUCUCCACCCAAUAUCAUUGAGGACGCCCUAUCUUCUCCAGGAUCUCUAAUUACCGACACAUCGUCCUCUCCUGCUUCCUCGGACAGUUGCCCAACUCCCGCCGCCAUUUGUGAACAAUUCCGUUCUGGGCCAUUUGGACACCUGUUCAAUGGAAUGCGCCUAACAGAUAAUGAGCGGGAUCUGAUGGAAGAUCUCCUGAAUCCAUCAACAACGCUUCCCGAGGACGAAUCACACGCCCUGUCGAACAAGGAGGCAACUCCCCGAGUGGAACUUGCACCUGAAGACUACUUGGCGAUUGACGAAGCAUUUCUCCAAAAUAUGUUCUCUCCAUUCGGAAAACACAUGGAUCAGCCCUUUGACUUUGCAGUCAAUGAAUCGACCAAUGCUGAGGAAGAGUAUGAUGUGCACUCAUCGGGUUUGAGUCCUGCGGCUGAGGAGACAGAGGAGACAGAGGAAGUAGCCGCGGAAGAGAAAACCACGAGUCACAGGGGGAUUGUGGUGUACGACUACAGCGCCCUCAGUGUUGACGAUUUCUUCGAUUUGGACGAAGCUUCCUCUUCCUAA